CGGGUCUGUUUCGCGUAGCCAAGUGUUGUUUGGCGUGUGUCUCUUGAAAUUUGAAUUUUUAGUCGUUUGUUGUGCGUCCUCGUGUCGAAAUCGUUGGUAAUAAUAGCGUGUUCGACGACGGUUUCUACGGUUCGAGUGCGUAACGUGUGUUUUCGGUAUUGGAAUUUACAGUUCGGUGCGCAUGAGAGAAUAAAAUAUCACAUAAGCAAAGCAAAAUAAGAAUAAAAUACAUAUUUAUGUAUAUAUAAAGUCAAAUAGUGCCAACCUCAAUAUACAAAAAUAUUGUGUUAUAUAAAUGUAUAUAUAGUUCAAUUAAUUAAAAUACUACUCCGCAACAAGAAAAAUCAAGUGAAUAGUAUAUUAAUUGUUUAAAGUACAGUUAAAAGACAUUUUCUAAUUGCAUCGUUCACAUACAAUGGCAACACUGUCUUCCACAACAGCCUCGAACGCUAGCGAACCGCCGAAAAUUAGCAAAUUUUUCAGUAGCAGCUGCAAUUAUCAGAGUAAAAUCCAACAAGUGAUCAGUUUCAGUUUUACCUCAUCAAAUUUCAUCUUUAUCACAUGCAUACUCAGCAUUAGUAAAUUGUGCACUGUUACCGCUGGUCCGGUACAAACUACCGCCGCUGCGAGUACUACGGAUCCCACCGCCACAGCUGGUCCACCAUACAGUGCGCUGAACGCUACCACGUUAUUGGAGAAAUUACAUUCGUUUGCUACAACACUCGGCCCACCUGUGACGUCCACGUCGUCGGGGAAGUCAUCGAAAAACAGCGCAGCUGCGGCGAAUAGUGUCAGCGACGGCAGUGGUUCAAUGUCGUUUUUCGGUCGUAAAAAUUUAAUAAAUCUAGAUUUUAAAUUUCUAAAUGUCUCCGGCAAAAUUGGCACACCACUCAGCAUUGCACAGAGCAUAGUAAAAAUCUGCGAAGAGAAGCAAUUUCAGUGCGGCAAUGGAGCCUGCAUACCCAUCCGCUUCACCUGCGAUGGCGAAUCAGACUGCAGUGAUCACAGCGAUGAGCGCAUCGCCAAUUGCAAAUUUAUAGGUUCCACCUGCGGCACUGAACAAUUCAGAUGCAACAAUGGUUUCUGCAUACCCAAUAGAUGGCGCUGCGAUCAGGAAAGCGAUUGCGCCGAUGGCUCCGACGAAGCAACAACGCUAUGCAUGAAUUUCUGCUCACCGAACGAGGUGAAGUGCAAGAAUGCCGAACAGUGCAUACCACGCUCUUGGGUAUGUGAUGGCAGUCCCGAUUGCCGUGACCAAUCCGAUGAAGCUGAUUGCAAAACAAAAACCUGUUCACCUGAUGAGUAUUCAUGUAAAUCCGGCGAGGGUGAAUGCAUUCCAUUAGCAUGGAUGUGUGAUCAGAGCAAAGAUUGCUCCGAUGGUUCCGAUGAGGCUUCAUGCAAUGAGACCUGCCGCUCCGAUGAGUUCACCUGCGGCAAUGGACGUUGCAUACAGAAACGUUGGGUCUGCGACCAGGACGACGACUGCGGUGAUGGCAGCGAUGAGCGCGACUGCCCGCCGAAAACAUGCAAUCCAAAUACCGAGUUCACUUGCCGCGAUGGCGGUUGUGUCGUCAAACGUUGGGUGUGCGAUGGUGAACCGGAUUGCGCGGAUGGCUCCGAUGAGCAGCAAUCGUGCGACAAGAAUGCCACAUCCGUUAUAACGCCGUGUCUGUCACACGAAUAUCAAUGUCGCGAUCGUAUUACCUGCCUACACCACAGCUGGCUGUGUGACGGCGAAAAAGACUGUCCCCAUGGCGACGAUGAGCAACAGGAGAAUUGCCGCAACACCACAUGCCGGCCGGAUCAGUUCCAGUGCGGCGAUCGCACCUGCAUAGCGGGACAUUUGACAUGCAACGGCCAGGCCGAUUGUGCGGAUCGCAGUGAUGAGCAGAUGUGCGGCAUUUCGAAAAUCACCAAAUGCAAUGCCACGGCACACUUCGAUUGCGGUGGCGGGCAAUGUAUACCACUGUCGAAGGUUUGCGAUCGCAAAAAGGACUGCCCGGAUGGUGAGGAUGAACCGGCGGGCAAAUGUUCGAUAAAUGAAUGUGCGAUAAAUAACGGCGGUUGCAUGCACAAAUGCAUUGAUCAACCGAUUGGCUAUCGCUGUGAAUGCAAUUCUGGCUACAAAUUGACCGAAACAAACAAAACCUGCGUAGACAUUAAUGAAUGCGAAGAUCCGGGCGCUUGCUCACAAAUCUGCAUCAACGAAGUUGGCGGCUUCAAAUGUGAAUGCGAGGCGGGCUAUAUGCGUGAUCCACGCAAUCAUACGCGUUGCAAGGCGACCGAGGGUCAUGCAUCGUUGCUGUUGGCGCGCCGUCAUGACAUCAGGAAAAUCGCUUUGGACCACAUGGAAAUGACAUCGAUUGUGAAUAAUACGAAAUCGGCAACUGCAUUGGAUUUUGUCUUCCGCACUGGCAUGAUAUUCUGGAGCGAUGUGUCCACGCAAAGCAUUUACAAAGCACCCAUCGACGAGGGCAACGACAAGUCCGUUGUGCUCAAGGACCACUCGGUGACAUCAGAUGGCUUGGCCGUCGAUUGGAUUUACAAUCACAUCUACUUCACAGACACACACAAAUGCACGCUCGAGUUGACCAACUUUGACGGCAACAUGGGCAAGGUACUCAUCGAAGACGGACUGGAUAUACCGCGCUCAAUUGCACUGGACCCAAUCGAGGGUUGGAUGUAUUGGUCCGAUUGGGGCGCCUCACCACGCAUCGAACGCGCCGGCAUGGACGGUUCACAUCGCACCACCAUCAUCAACUACGAUGUGAAGUGGCCCAACGGCAUUACACUGGAUCUGGUACGUAAGCGCAUCUAUUGGGUUGACGGCAAAUUGAAUAUUAUCGCGUCAGCGAAUUAUGAUGGUUCGCAACGUCGUCAGAUCUUAUACUCAACGGAUUAUCUGCGACACCCCUUCUCGAUAACCACAUUUGAGGAUAGCAUCUAUUGGUCCGAUUGGGAUAAGCAGACCGUCUUCAAAGCGAAUAAAUUCAAUGGCAAAGGAGUGGAGCCAGUAACCGCACUGCAUCAGCUGCAACAUCCGAUGGUCGUACACGUCUAUCAUCCCUACCGCCAACCGGACGGCAUCAAUCACUGUCAAGCGGUGAAUGGUCAUUGCUCGCAUUUAUGCCUGCCUGCGCCGCGCAUCAAUGAACGUAGCCCGCGCAUCUCCUGCGCCUGUCCCACCGGUCUCAAGCUGAUGGAGGAUCGGCUAAUGUGUGUCGAAGAUUUAAAUACAAAGUCAGCGUCGCAAGCGCGCCGCAAAACCUUGCCAAAGAUGUCUAAAUUCUCCACCGGUCGUGUUUCUGCCAACAACAAUAACAGCAACGACACUGCUCAACAAGCAACAACCGCUCCAAAUAAGGAAGAGGUGAAUAAUCAUCAGGCUGGCAAUGCCACAAGUGCCGAUGGCAGCAUCAUCUCACCGACAAAUGAUUCCAGUUACUUAGCAUUAGCGAUAGUCGGUUCACUAGUCGGCUUCGGACUGGUGACAGGUGUGAUACUUUGGGUCGUUUAUCGUCAUUGCAGCAGGCGUCCCACUUCAAUGAACUUUGAAAAUCCGGUGUACCGUAAAACCACCGAAGAUCACUUUAGUUUGGAAAAGAAUAAUCUGCCGGCACGCAUGUAUCCGAGCACAGUGGACGAAGAGUCCAAGGAGCCGUUGAACGCCGCAGCUGGCACGGAGUGUGUGUGAAGAGCUUAUGCUCUCAGGAGACUACCCAUCAUUACGCUCAUAAUUAUUAUUUUAUUUCUUUUUAUUAUUUUUGUUUUUGUCAUGCUUAACUCAACACCAUAUAUCACUCAUACAAAAAACACCAAACAAGCAUCGCACACCACCACAGUCAGAAGCUACAAAGAUGGACGACACGCCCAUCUCAUUUACGCUGCCAAAAAAAUGUUACUCAUUUUAACAUGCAACAACAAUUAAAAAGACAAAAUCCAAAAAUAAAGUAAAAGGCUAAAAAUAUUGCAGGAAAAAUAUGAAAAAGCGAACAAAUACUAAAAGACAGAUCACACACACUAAACCGUAAAUAAUGCCGGCAGAGAUUACUGAAUACAACGUCAAACUAGCAAAUUUAUUUGGUCAUAAAAGGGCUAGCAAAAAGGAAGGCUUAAAGUACAAUUGCUAUAUGUAUGCUCAUGUUAGUGAGCUAAGGAAGACAAUUCAAGCAAUUUACUAGUAAAAAUCAUUAAAAUCAAAGAGCAUUGUUGCAAUUGCUUCAAACAUAUAGUAAAGCCUGAAAUAGUACAGUCAUGGAAAGUAAUUUUGGCACACAUUUGUUGCAGCAACAGUUAUGAUAAAUAAAACAGCAAACAAAACGGGACCACAACAAAUACAAAAACCAAAUGACAGCUAAUCAACUAGAAAACCAUAAUGCUCAGUUCCAUUGGGAAGCUAGUCUUGUAAUUUUGCACGUAAAACACUCCAAAUACAAACAGAAAUAACGACUGCCUGGAAAGACAUUAUGUAACUUCAACACAGUUUGAAGCACUUGAACUUACAAUAGCUAAAAAAAAAGUAUAUCAACAACAACACAGACGGAGAUUUAGCUACAGAACACACACACAUACACGCACCGGCAAACAGCAAACACGCACACGAAGAAGAGCUUGCUGAAUUCAAGUAAAUACGUACACAUACACACAGCCACGCAAACGCACUCACUGUCAACCAGAAAGCAGAAAAAUUCAGAAAUUAAUAAAAUUGGUUAAAUUCGAGCCGAACCCGGACUACUGACGCGCAACACCCACUACAACCCACUUUACUGCACCCAUCCACACAUACUUUACAACACACAUGCACGCACAUGUAAAUACAUACACAAAUGUAUGCUUUUAAAUUGUUUAGAAUUGUUGAGUCUUUAAUUGAAUUAAUUGAAAUUUCCAAAAAUUAACACUUAUGUAACGUUUAGGCGCUUGAAAAGCAACAAAAAAAAAGUGUAUAAAUUUUAAAUUUAUUUAUUCUUAGUACAAUGCAAGCAAAUAGCAAUUGUAAUUAUAUAAAUAGUUAAAAAUGAAAUCAAAAAUUGAAAACUGUAACUAAAAAAAUAUUUGUACAAAACUAUAUUUGUAUGAAAGCAGCAAUAUUUUGAACUACAAAAAUUUGCUUUCACACACAAAGACACUCACACACUUGCAGACACAACACCACUAACACCGCCACGGAUAUAACAAUAGCUAUAAUAACAGUUAUAAAUUACUGCAGACACAAUUGGUAAACCACAAAAGAAAAAAUUAACUCAAUUUAAAAAUAAAAUAAGUAAAUUGUAAUGUGAGAAAUAAAUAAUUAAAUAAAUAAAAGGAAUGUAAAAUGUUUAAAUUGCAA